AUGGCGUCAAGUGUCAAGACUUCUGUGCUCGGGCCAAACAGAUUCCGAAACAGACAGGCGCCGUCUGGCGAUGUGACUACGGCAAAUUCAAGGAGGUGCGAGGGAACGCCGAGCACAGGUUCUCGCGAUUGCAGCGCAGCUCCUCUCAAGAAAGCCAAGACAGCUGCGGACUCUGUUUUGGCAGGGGCAUCUGAGGAAGCAGCACUCCGACGAAACUGCCUGGUCGAUUGGAUGGAGAUGUCAGUACACGUCGCACCUGGUCAGCGGCAAUCGCGCCAAAGAGCAGUUCCACAGGGCUUGCAGGAGCAGUACACCUCCAUCGUGAGGCACUACUUGACUGACGUGGCUCUUAAGCAAGGCACGAAGAACCGAAGCCACUUUCAGGAAGCUGGCCCAGGUAGUGAUGAGCAUCCACUGGUCGUUCAGGUGAAGCAGGUUUUCUCAAGCACCGAGGGCGUUUUGCUGCUCGUGCAUGUUGUGAAGGGAUGUUCUCGUCGAGGCAUUGCUGAAGGUUCACUGAUGAGGAUGCUGCUGCAUCAGCGGCAUUCAGGGCUGCAGGCUUGUCUACCACAAAUUGGUAGCUGGAUGCAGGUUGUCAAGUUCAACGUGCUGCAGGUAGGAACUUCUCGCGGGGCUUUCUUGCUGCCGGUAGAGCUUGCGUCGGCGCCAGAGAUUCCGGCGGGAAAAGAAGUCGAUCAGACGAGCGCAUACUGA